AAAAUCUUCGCUCAGCUUGGCUGUACGUUGCGCUCUUCAAACUUGUACCCUGCGCUUGCCUUCUUUCGAAGAACCGUCUUUCUUCAUUCAAAGAACCUCGCACGUCGCUUCUUCCCUCUCCUUCAUCGUGUCUCUAUAUGAUCGUCUUUUCUCUUCAACAAAUUAUCAAUCAAAAUCCAAAAUCAAAACCCUUGCGAUCUCAGCCUCUAUAAGCGAAUUCGAAAAAACCGAUCUGGAACUAUGUCUAACGCCGGUAAAGCCCCGCCGUCACCAACACAGUCGACGAGGAGGCCGGUAGAGGUGCGAUCGGUUUGGGCUGAUAAUCUUGAAUCCGAAUUCAAGUUGAUCCGAUCCAUAAUCGACAGAUAACCGCUGAUCGCAAUGGAUACGGAGUUUCCUGGCAUUGUGGUCCGGCCCGCGGCCGAUGAUCCGUAUAACCGGUACCGUGAUCCGAAAGCGCACUAUCUGAACUUGAAAGCCAACGUCGAUAUGUUGAAUUUGAUCCAAGUUGGCCUCACAAUUGCAGACCACGAAGGUAAUCUGCCGGAUCUUGGCACGAAUAGUUGCUAUAUUUGGGAAUUUAAUUUCCGCGAUUUUGAUGUGUUGCGUGACGCUCAUGCGCACGAUUCGGUUGAAAUGUUAAGAAGUCAAGGCAUAGAUUUCGAGAAGAAUCGGCAGUGCGGUAUCGAGUUGGUGAAAUUCGCUGAAUUAAUGAUGUCGUCGGGACUCGUCUUGAACGAUUCAGUGAGUUGGGUAUCAUUUCACGGCGCUUACGAUUUCGGUUACUUAGUCAAGUGCUUAACUCAGCGAGUCCUACCGGUGGAAUUAACACAGUUUCUUGACGCAGUGAGGUUGUUUUUCGGAGCUAGGGUUUAUGAUGUCAAGCAUUUGAAUCGGUUUUGCAAUUUGUAUGGCGGGUUGGACCGGGUUGGGAAGGCACUGGGUGCAAAGCGGGUUAUAGGGAAGAAGCACCAAGCCGGGUCGGAUAGCUUGUUGACGCUGCACGCGUUUCAGAAGAUUAGAGAGAAUCAAUUCAAGGAUAAGAAAUUAGACAAGUACGCCAAUGUUUUGUAUGGUUUAGAGGUGUUUACAUGAAUUUGUUUGGCUGUUGAUUGAUUGUAAAUUUAUCUUCUUUCUAUCUUAGAAAGUGGGUUCUUCUACAUUCGGUGUUUAACAAAUAUUAAUAUUAAUUGUUGAUUAAAUUCUUUUGAGUUAAA